CCCCGUCUCCGAUCCGGACGGGCAUCCUUACCCCAUCACACCAGCCCACACUGCAUGCAGCACAACGACCCAGCAGCUCGGUACGGGCCAGCUAGCGUGGACACUAGACCUGACGGGCGAUGGACACGGCAAAUAAGCCCCUGAAGGGACCCAGGGCUUGUACAACAUGCGCCAAGGCGAAGAAUGCCACCGGCUGCGGAAACCUUGCAUGUCCCAGACCCCGGCACCGCCCCGGAAGCGCAAGGAGCCGAAACCCACUCGGGUUGCUGAGCUUGAACGGCGGCUCGAGGAUCUCAAGGCCCGCAUCGAGUCUGUUCAGCGGCUGGGAUUAACCGUGCCGAGCCCGCCCUACUCGGAUCACCACGGUGGUCCCCCUCACCCGCUCGGCCCCCCCGAGGUGGACCCGCCUCCGCCUCGGAACCUGUCCGGAACCCGGGUCCCCAUACCGACCUUCGGCCGGGACCGCUGGGAGUCACCGUUCGGCCACCUCUUUCCGGACGAGUCCAUCUUCGAAGUACAGCCCGGCCAUCCAGAGGCCGCGGCUGCGGCUGCGACUAAUGGCAGGCCUGGGCACGCUCCCGAAGCGGCCGCGCAUCCUGCACCGCCGGGGCUGGCACCACCAGCACAGACGAGAAGCGCCGGCAGCACCCCCAGCUCGCCGCCUCCUCUGCAGCGGCACGAAGAUACACUAUGGCCAAGCGGAGAGGAGGCCGAGGCCCUGCUAAACGAAUGUAGGCGCCACAUGGGCCACCUAUUCCCCUUCGUCGUCGUGCCGCGGCACCUGUCGUCGGCACAGAUGCGGGAACAGAGACCAUUCCUUUGGAAAGGCGUCAUGCUUCAGAUGUUUUUCUUCGACGGGAAGCGCCAGACUGCGUUGGGACAUGAGCUGCUCAAGGACGUCUUGGAGGCGGCCUUCGUGAGGCCGCAGAAGACGCUCGAUCUGCUGCAAGGGCUGCAGCUGCUGGUUGCUUGCUACCAUUAUAACCUCAGCAGCUUCCAGAUGAUCAACCUCCUAUUUCUGGCUCGGUCGAUCGCAACCAGCCUUGGUUGCGCAGAGCUCAAGAGCCUGCCCAAUGACGGGGGCUACACGUCCGAAUGCCUGGAGCAGAUGCGUGCUUUUGCGGGGACUUACUACCUCGUGACGAUCACUUUUACCACCAACAAGAGACCCGACGCCCUCAUGAACACGUCGUACCUCGCGGCUUGCUGCCGGGCACUGCUCAAGCAGAUGGAAUACCCGACGGACGAGCUGGUCGUCCAUCUUGUCCGCGCGCAGCAGCUGUCCCAGAGCAUCUCCCAAGGCUUUGCGCAGCGCAAGGCCUCCCCGACGGGGGAUCAGCCGCCGCAGCCGAGCUUCAUCCAAAGCCUGCGGGAGCGUAUCCAAGCGUUCAGGGCCGCCCUGCCGCCACAUAUUAAGACCAACUUGUCCCUGGCCGGCCACUUCCACGUGGCCGAGAUCAUCAUCUACGAGAGCAGCGUGCCAGAGCUGUCCCAGUACCCUCUAAAACGGCGGCAGCGGCGCCCCAGCGCCCCCACCACCACCACCAACACCGCCACCACCACCCCGGACUCGGCGGCGGUGGGGGCCCCGGCCCCGGUCCCGGCGGCCGAUGCGGUAGACCCGGAGCGCAUCGACCUGCUGUGGGCGUGCGUGCGCGCGGUGCGGGCGUUCAUGGAGAACCGCUUCGCCAACCGGAUGGGCGACUACCCGCGCUUCGUGUACCUGACCUCGUUCGAGCUGACCUAUGUCUUCCUGACCAUGCUCAAGCUGGUCACGCUGCAGGUCCCCGGGUGGGACCUGGCGAGGGUAAGGGAGGAGGUGGGCUUCGAUGAUUUUGUCUCCCGGCUAGUAGAAGACAUGGAGUGCAUGGCUGAGCGCCGGAAGAGGGGGUGCCGGAUAGGAGGCGGCGAGCUCAGCGGUCAAGGCCCUGCCGGCAGCAACCACAGCGGCAUGGCUGGACAGGUCAGCGGAGCAUACGACGGACACGGACAUGGAGACUGGCCAGAGGACCCCUGGGCCAACGUGGCACGCAAAGUUCGCAAUGUCAAGGACAAUCUACUGAUCAACGGGUUCGACAACGAAUACUCCAGCUCGCAGGUAGCGCGCGUGUGCGAUCCGGUGCCCAUGACGCUGGCCGACGCGACCCAGGACUUGAUGCAGGAUCUCGGCGGCAGCCUGUGGGACCACGUGCCGCUUGCCGGCACGUGGGAGUGGACGCCGUACUUCAUGGGUGAUACGAUGGACUGGUCCGCUGUUUUUAGCGGUUAUGGCGGUAUCUCGUAGCCAGGGCUGCGCCGUUGCUAUACCGGCAUAUCGUAUACAGAGGCAGUUACAUAAGGAGGGUUCCGUACAAUGGGAGGAGGGAAGGAAGGAAGGGUCGAACACAAUGUGGGAUCUGGAU